UUGAAAAAAGCUUUGUAAGCUGAAGUUUUUCUUCAAAUCUCUUCAAUUUUUCACCUUGAACGUGCCUAGACCUACUGUAUUCUUGUCUUGUACAACCUUUUUGAUAGGAACAGAGAUGUUCAAGUGGUAUCAGAUGAUCGAUAUGUGACUACAAUGUGCUACAUCGAAUAACGAAGGUGGAAGUGUCCUAACAUUGCAAGGCAUAGACAUGUGCAAAGAAACACUUUUAUCACGACGUAUUCUACAGUUGGUCAUGAAGCCUUCUGAGUUAAGAGGAUGACUACUGAUAACAGAACUGAACUUUCUGAUCUGUUGUAUCGUGCCACCAUAGAAAGAGACGAGAACAAGAUUAGAGCAUUGACUGAUGCUGGUGCUGAUAUCAACAUAGCUGACCAUUAUGGCCGAACUGCUUUGUUUGAUGCUGUGCAACAAAUUAACAACGAGGGUGUGGUUCGUGCAUUGAUUGCCGCUAGUGCUGAUGUCAACAUAACUGAUAAUGAUGGCAAAACUGCUUUGUUUUAUGCUGUCCAACAAAGUAACAACGAGAGUGUGGUUCGUGCAUUGAUUGAUGCUGGUGCUGGUGUCAACAUAACUGCUUAUUGUGACAGGAAAACCGCUUUGUUUUAUGCUGUCCAACAAAGUAACAACGAGAGUGUGGUUCGUGCAUUGAUUGAUGCUGGUGCUGGUGUCAACAUAACUGCUUAUUGUGACAGGAAAACCGCUUUGUUUUAUGCUGUCCAACAAAGUAACAACGAGAGUGUGGUUCGUGCAUUGAUUGAUGCUAAUGCUGAUGUAAACAAAACUGAUGAUGAUGGCAAAACUGCUUUGUUUUAUGCUGUCUAACAAAGUAACAACGAGAGUGUAAUUCGUGCAUUGAUUGAUGCUGGUGUUGAUCUCAGCAUAAC